AAACGGUAGAAGAAGAAGUAGUGAAGCCCAAACAAAGUGGACAUGUGGGUCUGUGGACGGACUACAGGUUAAAUAUAAAACUACGGACUGAAGCUGCUGUUUUUUUAAGUGAACAUGGACGAAGAACAUACGGCUGGGUACAGGGAGCCUUGUGCUGUGUGUCAUGCAGUGGAUUGGGGAGUGUCUGAUGAGGGACGUUUCUACUGCAGAUCCUGUCACAACGUCAUCGAGAGGACCAGAGAGGUGGUCGACCCAAACUUCACUCCAGGUUCCGCCAGGGUCUCCACCAUCAGCAAAGGAACCAGAACCAAGAGGCCCGAGUGCGGGCGUCAGUGGGUGAUCUGUGAGGGUUUCCAGUUUAUCCUGAGGAACCAGGCCGACGCUCUGAUCAGACUGGGAGUCAGUGCACGUUUCAAGGAUGAAGUCUUGUGUCAGCUGUGGAGAAUCUACCUGCAGAAGAGUCGACAGGCGUUCACACACAACCCACUGAGGACCUCCAGCUUCAGAGUGCAACGUCCGGACUCGGAGUCAGACAGUGCAGCUGAGAUGUCCAUCAUGUCGGCCAGUGAGACGGACGGAGACACAAACCUGUCCAGUACCGCCGGCUCCAACGCAGGGAGCUCCAGUGAUUGGUCGCAGUAUUCGGGCUCACUGGACGCCGCCAGCUACCUGUCAGCACGGAUGAAGAGGAGUCGCCACAGUCUGAUGACCAUGAAAAAGACUUUGGCUCUGAUCCACCUCGCUCUGAUCUGGAUCCGAGAGCCACUGACGCUCAGCGACCUGCUCAGGUUGGUGAAUGAGGGUCACGUCCCGUAUGUGAACGCCUACGAGGAACUUCCUGACGAGAUGAAACUCGAAGGCAAAGACGCUCUCAUCUUCAGAGUAGAGAGCGUCCCAUCCCACCGGGCGGUGCAUAAGGAGGCUCAGACUCUGAUUUUGUUCCUGCAGCUUCCUGCUUGUCCUCCAAUCACUCGUCAGAGUCUGCUGCACCCGGCUCUGCUCAGCGUGCGCUACCUAACCGACGCUAAUCUGCCCGACGAGCUUCACCCGUGGGUCUGCAGGCUGAUGGAGCGCGCCGGUAUGGCGGAUCAGACAUUAUACACGUUCGACCUCCUGUCUCGUCCCGUCCUGCCGCGUUAUGAUGUCCAGACCACUGCCGUUAUCAUCGUCACCAUGAAGCUCAUCUUCGGCCUGGACGACCACACUGAAUGGGAUUUAUCCAACGAAGCAGCUGAUCAGGACGACACAGGAGACAUGUUUAAUGUUCGGAAGUGGUUCAGACUGGUGCAGGCCGCUCUGAUCAGAGCUCAGCAGAGGAGACAACAGGACGUCGCCAGGAAACAGUGGAUGGCCAAGAAACCGCUGUAUGCCAACAGCAUCAAGAAAUGUGUUGUGAUGAAGAGGAAGAGAAUAGCAGAGCAGGUGCAGAUCUGCUUUGAGAAGCUGUCCUCUCGACCGGCGGGCGUUGAGCGUGUCAAUCCGUCCAGCUUCAGGUUCUGCUGGGGGGACGAGGACGGAGCGGAUGGUCCCAGUCUGCACCACAAGAAGCUGGAUGGAGUUGUGACCCUGAAACGCAACGUCCUGGUUCCCUCCAACUCUACAUACUGGCACCCAGCACUCAGAGCCUGCAAGCCCCGGCACUGUACGAGUCAUUACUCAGAGGUGGAGGCGACGCUACCUCGGACGUUCGUCUGGUUGCUGCAGCUCUUCUGCUUUAUGCUGGACGUGAAGCCGGCGUACCUGUACGAGGAGGUGCUGAGGGUGGAGAGACGGGUCGUUGGCAGCAAAACGCCCAGGAGGAGGAAGAGGAGGACAAAGACCAGGACUGAGACCAGGGCUAGGUCGAAGAGGAGGACGCCACCGUCAGCUGUUUGUUGAGCGCCAGUAAUUUAACAUCACGUUAAACCUGGGUGCGUUCAAGGACACUCAGAAAUCAGAGUUCUAAGAGUCGUCUUCUGUGUGAAAAUCAAACCCUGACUGAAGCCGACAAGGACGCUGUGUGAAGGUUUGAUUUCAGCAGCAGUCGGUUCCUUAAAGAAACACUGACCAUGUUUACACACAAAAUAUUUCAGUUUUACCCUCAAUCUGAAAAUAUUCCUACUGAGCUGUUGACAUGCAGCUGUGCAGACUCUGAUAACAUGCCGUUUAUCACAUCAGAAUAUGGAGAAUGGCUGUCUGGUCAUUUUGUGUCUUUGCAUCAAAGAAACAGAAUUAUUUUCCUACCAGUGGUGGACUUGUUGGACCGUGUGAACACAGACACCCUCUUUCAAUUCUUUAGCCAUCUUCUUUAAAAGGUCGAUGUUGUGAUAUUUGCUCAUAUAUAUCAGUUUUUCAUGAUGUUUAAAAGUCGGCAGGUUUCUGACCAGCAAUUAGGACUUUUCUUUCAACCACAGUCUGAAGAACUGUUGGUUUAUGUUGAACCCACAGAAGUGACAAACACGAGGCUGUGCGUCACAAACUGCAGUAGAAACAUACGCCUAGUCAUACAUUCUGGAUGCUUUGUCUUUCUGUCCAAAUAAUGCUCCUAAAACCUGAAUAAUAAUCGACAUAUCUCACUUCUUUAUUGGAAAAUUGCUUCUUUGGGAUCAGUGCCUAACUCGAAUUAUCUAAACCAGAAGUCUUUAAUGUUUUUCGGGCCGUAGACCCCUCAGCUCAGAGACUGACAGACAGGGACCCUCUGUCACAUAUUCUGUAUGAAACUAAAUUGUACUUUAGAUAAUUCUCUGAAUAUUUUCAGCUCCUCUCUCGUUCACCUGGAGCUACGGAGCGACGGUGUGUUAGCCUCACCUUCUGCACUUUCACUGUUUGUCUCUGAGGUGGACGGUGUGUCACAGUCUCUCGCUCAAAAACUCUCAAAAUGAUCCAUCAUGGCUCAAAAUAAUGUCCGUAAACAUUUGGUCAGUAUGUGAAAAUACAUGUCUGUUAGUGAACUAGUUCACCUCGCUGUUAUUGACAGGUGCUGCACAGUGAUUUAGUUUGCUCACAUGAAGCACAGGGACUGAUGGGUAACAGUCAACCUGUCAUUAACAUGUUCUGUAAAUUACAAGGAUGUUUUUGUUUGUUUCAAAUGAGCGGAUUUAUUUUGUUGAUUAUAUGUUGGAUUCAUUCUACUGUGAAUUUUCAGACAUAUUUUAACUUUUGAAAAACAAAACAAGAAACGUAAAACUUCAAUUAUCCAACAAUAAUUUGGUGUUCCUCCUGCAGUAACCCUCUGUUAAAGAACAUGCUGUUCACACAACCUGUAUUAAAUUCAGAAUAUUGUCAUAUUUGGAAUAACAGUGGAAUAUUAGUGUGUGUGUGUAAAAGUAGCUACUGACACAAAGACAUUAUCAUCCAAAUUAUGAUAUCAUUCCUCUGUCUGUUAAAAUGCUCAUUUAUCUCCUGUUUUUGAGUGUUUUUGUAUCUUAGAGUCUCUUUUCUCUCCUGUAAAAAUACUUUUUAAGACUCAGUUCACUCGGUCAGAUGUGAUGUAGAGAUAACAAUUUACCUGCCCGUCGUUGAAACCAACACCUCAUGUCAGGAGUGUGUUUGCAUUUCAGCUGGAAAACUGUAAAACAUUAAAGGUCUGAUUUAUUAAUGGAA